AGACGGCGGCGAUGGCGGCUGAGCCGGGCGGGUGGCUCGGGCCGGCGCUGGGGCUGCGGCUGCUGCUGGCGACCGCGCUGCAGAUGGUGUCUGCGUUCGGGGCAGAGUUUUCCUCGGAGUCCUGCAGGGAGCUGGGCUUCUCCAGCAAUUUGCUUUGCGGCUCCUGUGACCUUCUCGGACAGUUCGACCUUCUCCAGCUGGACCCCGACUGUAGAGGGUGCUGUCAGGAAGAAGCACAGUUUGAAACCAAGAAGCUGUAUGCAGGAGCUAUCCUCGAAGUCUGCGGAUGAAAGUUGGGGAGGUUCCCGCAAGUCCAAGCUUUCGUCAGGAGUGAUAAGCCCAAACUAUUCAGAGGACUACAAAUCAAGUAUGUUCGUGGCUCGGACCCUGUGCUCAAGCUUCUGGACGACAACGGGAACAUUGCUGAAGAACUGAGUAUCCUCAAGUGGAACACAGACAGCGUGGAAGAAUUCCUGAGUGAAAAGCUGCAGCGCGUCUAAAUCUUGCUUAAAUUUCGUCCUGUCCUUUUGUUACCUUGUCAGAUGAAACAGCGCCUAGAAAAUAGUUUUGCCUUCUUCCAUUGAUCAGUCUCUUACCGUGAGGCAUUAGGCAUUGAAUUAGAAGACGGAAGUGGCCGCAGAGCCCAGGGUAGGUAAGGAAGGGGCAAGCUUCGCAUCAUCUACUUGUAAAGCUCCGUCCUCCAGCACCUGUUGCUACCACUAACAGUGCUUGGUGAUAACCUUGUGGCUAAUUAAUGCAAAUGAUAGUUUGUGAUAAUUGGUCCAGUUUUUAAAUGAGGGGGGUUAAUAAGGAAGAUGCUUGCCGUGCCUCAUGGGCUGUGUGCUCCCGGCAGGUAAUGACAGCCCUGCCAAGCAGAUGAGGGAUCCUGGGCCUCCGCAGGUGGCCAGCCUCUCAGAGCCUCAUGGUUUUGUGUUACCCAGCCUCCCUGUUAAUAGAAGCAUUGUCAUUUAUAAUGAAUGCACUGCAUACCAUCUCUGUGGCUUUGUUCUUGUGAGACAGAUUCGAGAUCUAUGGUAGGAGUGAAACAGUCGCACAGAUUCGCAUUAAUGAAGACUACACAGAAAACCUUUUUGAGGAUUUGUGUGGAUCUGAUGUUGAGCAAAUUUUUGUGCUUUACAUUCCCAUAGAAGAGUCAAUUUAAAAAUAAAUGAUCAUUUGUAAGACCAAAAUAUUAAUAAAAAAAAGUUUCAGAAA